UGUAGAGGUGACUGAGCAUUCAUCUCUCAGAUUUCAGACUGGAAGAUCAAGCGCAUUGAGGGCGGAGCCUGUGUGCGUGUGUGUACUCAGGGAGGAGUGAGAGUGUGAAAAGGCGAGGAGUGGUGCGCUGACGGGAGCCAAGUGGACAGGAUUACUUCACUGAGGCAUACACCCUCUGAACUGCUUGUCAGAAGACCAGUAAUUUUGGGAACUCGUCUGAGACUAGCAUCACCUGCUGUCCAGUGCUAAUCAUUGAAGAACCUGAGCUGAUCACCCAAGCAACAGAAUCCAGAGAACAAGCCAUGUCUGUGCUACAUGACCUGAGAUGGGAGAUCCAGCAAGAACUUCACCAGCUGACCUGUUCCCACAGCAGAGACCUUCUCUACAAGCUGGCAGAGUCUUUCAGAAAUGAGGUGGAAGAAGAACUGCCAGAUGCAGAGUCUACCGAAGUGGAACUCUUCGACUUCAUUGUUGACUUUCUGAGAAGUCCACAACUGAAGCGUCUUAAGGACCAGGGGAUGUCCCGUCUGCUUGCAUUCCGUGACCUCAUCAGAGAACUACAAUCACCACCACCAGCUGUGAUGCAGGCUUCUGUGGGACAGGGCCCUGUAGAGCAGGGUGCCGUGGGAGAGGCUGCUGUGGUGUUGCCGGCCAGUGAAGUGACUGAUGUAGCUCCUGUUAUCAGUGAGGAGAGUGCACCUUCAGACAUCACAGUAAUGUCGUCAUCACCAUCAGUAAUCGCUGAUCCAGUUACCGAGAUCAUGGUCGACCAGUGCAAAGAAGAACUUCAAACAGCUCUACAAAACAAUGACCUGUCUCUAGCGGCUAAAGAGGCUCUGAAAUAUCUGGACAUGAUAAAUAAUGUUUCCUUGAACAUUGCGAUCACUGGAGAGUCUGGCUCUGGUAAAUCUUCUAUAGUGAACGUUCUGAGAGGAAUAAAAAACAAAACAGAUGGAGCAGCACCUACGAGUCCAGUGGAGACCACGAAGGAGCCCACACCGUACCCCUACCCAAAACAAGACAACAUUAAAAUAUGGGAUCUGCCUGGGAUUGGUACCAUCAACUUUAAAGCAGAUGAAUAUCUACAGCAGGUGGAGUUUGAGAAGUAUGAUUUCUUCAUCAUUGUUUCCAAUGAUCGCUUCAAAGAAAACGAUGCAAAACUGGCUCAAGAAAUUCAAAGAAUGAACAAGAAGUUCUACUUUGUCCGAUCCAAGAUCGACCAGAGCAUACAAGGAGAGAUAGAGUGUGAUCCAGACCUUAAGGAGGAUGAUCUUCUUAAAACCAUCAGAGAUGACUGCAUUAAAGGACUUCAGGACCUUGGCAUUCAGUCUCCAAAUGUCUUCCUGGUGUGUGGCCUCAAACGACAUCUGUACGACUUUGAGAAUUUCUGUAAAAAAUUUCAAGAGGAACUUCCUGAACGCCAACUAGAUGCACUGAUCAUCGCUUUGCCAGUCAACAGUAUUGAAGUCAUUGAGCAGAAGAAAAAAGCUUUAGAGAAGAAAAUAAAAUGGUACAUAUUAGCAUCUGCAGCAGGAGCAGCUGUGCCCAUCCCUGGUAUUUCUGAGGGUCUUGAUCUGAGCAUGAUCAUUAAAUUCACCAUAGAAUGCCGCAAUGCACUGGGCCUUACUCCUGAUUCACUUGAGAAGCUGUCCAGUUUAAGCAGUGUGCCUGUGGAAGAUCUCAAAGCUGUGGUAAAAUCACUUCUGUCGUCAUCUCAAGUAACCAAGAAUCUGGUGCUAAAAGUGCUGUCCACGUCUGCUAUCUACAUCACUGCAACAUCUAUUGAGGAAGGAUCCAGGUUUAUCCCACUUAUUGGAAUACCAGUUGCAAUGAGUCUUUCGAGUUUGACAACCUACAGAGCACUGAAUUAUGUACUAAACACUCUGACAGAGGACGCAAAGCAAGUUUUGAGAGCAGCUCAGAGGGGGAACAAAUCUGAAUGAGUAAAAUCGCUAUUUACUCAGCAUUAUCAGUCACAGAAAUCCACCGGCCUUAUAAGUGGAUGUGUCCAACUGGUCAACAACGUCCAUAUGCAUUUAUUCAGUUAAAUCUGUUGUGUAACCAACAGACAAGUGUCUUUCUGUAAACUAGGGCUGUGCAGUUAAUCAUUCUUAAUCAUUCUUAAUCAAGAUUCAGUUAGGACUUUUUAAUAGAGAGGUCUACAGUGAAGCAUGUUGUUUGGAGAGGACUUUGGACGAUGGAAUAUAACUAUUUUUGUACUAAAUGGCACUGAUUAAAAGCCUGAAGUAUUUCUGUUUAGAAAAUUGUAUAUUGUUGAAAUUGUAGUACAAAUAAAAUUGUGAAUAAGGACAAAUCAUUGUUUCUUUAUUAAAUAAACCAUCGAUGCAAAUAUGUACUUUACUCUGUAAUUUGCACCCAUAAAAUAAAAUAUUACAUUA